AUGGCGCCUGGCGAUGCCACUCUGCCCGCCACGCGGCGCACGCGCAGAUCAAUCGGUGCGCAUACAGAUGUUAAUAAAGCUUUCGAGAAGGAGAAUGCGACAACCGACGUCACAAGUUCGCUGGCUGCGAAUCGCAAAAAGUCAAGGAGCAAGAGUUUGGGUCCUGGCGGCCUAGAUGCCCUUAUGAAGACCAACGGGAACAGAAGAGCUUCUCUUGCCGUCCCUACAAGAGCCGCCCCGCGUUCAAUCCUAAAACCAACCAUGCCAAUUCCCGAGAUACCCCCCUUGAAGCCCAGACAACCAGACCUAAUUAACUUUGGAACACCGACACAAGAGAUUUCGACUCCUACUUUGCGCAGCUCAGAGAAUAGUGGAUCUAAGAUUGCUGUCAAGACCGAGGAGGAGCAACAAGCCGCAGCACGAGAACGUGAGGAGCGGGAACGUCGCGAUGCCCGUCGCAAAUCACUUGCCAACCGUCGCGUAUCAUUCGCCGCCGAGGCAACACUACAUACCUUCCACGAAGUCGAAUUCAAUCAAGAUUCAACAACAUCUACAGAUUCGACGAGACGAAACUCUACUGCAGCACAGCAGAGACAACAGGAUGAGGAAGACAGGAAUAACCGACGAGGCUCAGGCCCUCCUCAGAUCGACUUUCACGACUCCGACGACGAUACUGCGACGACACUUUAUAGUUCAGAUUCCGAGCCUGCAGAUGCGGUCGAAGAGGUUGCUGAUGUUGAAGAAGAUGGUGACGAUGACAGCAGCGAGUCUGACGACGGAACGAUGAUGACUGUCGACGAUGUGACUGGAACAACAGCUGCCUCAGAUCGGUCUGUUGAUUCUGACGAUGGAGAGUCGGCCACACUAGACGAAGCCCUUCGACUGGCUGCGCGAAGAGCCGGUGCCCAACAGCUUGAGGACGACGAAGAUGAUGACGAUCUAGACGACGACGAAGAGUUCAUUCCCUCGUUUGGAUGGGGUAAAGACGCAAACAAGCAAAACAUCGCUGCUCAGGACCAGGAGAAUCUACCACCUCCACCCCGCCCUCAACAGGCUCAACCGAAACCACACACAGAGGAUCCUACAGAGACAAAGAUGAGCAUGGAAAUGGACAUGGAUAUGGAUAUGGACAUGACACGCGCAGUUGGUGGUAUAAUCAAGCCUCAGCCAAACCAAGAGUUCGACCCAGAUGAAGACAUGUCUAUGGAUGUUACUCGUGUGGUGGGUGGCAUACUUAACCGUCAACCCCCACAAGAACGCAAUGCAGACGAAGAUAUGUCCAUGGAUGUCACACGUGCAUUCGGCGGUAUUGUCAACCAACCUCAAAAAGCGAGCGCCCCUGUGGAUGACGAGGAAGACGAAGAUGAUGCCCCAAUGGAAGAAGCUACUAUGGAAUUUACGACUGCCAUUGGAGGCAUCCAACGCCCACCACCUACUGAAGAGGAUGACUCGGAUGUUAAUGAGGACAUGUCCAUGGAACUCACCACUAUCAUGGGUGGGGUCUUGGGGAAGAACAAGAGGAAGAGCAUCGCUGCUUCCCGAAGGCGUACAGUCUCUCAACCUGACGAUGAAAACGACGAUGACGCCCCGAUGGAUAUAACUCUUGCAGUUGGCCAAAUUCUCUCAAAACCGGACGAAGAAGAAGAAGACAACGAAGAUGAAGGUGACGCUACGAUGGGCAUGGAUAUGACUACUGCUAUUGGUGGUAUUCUCAACAGAGUAAAAAAUGGCUUCCGAGAUCUGGGCAAGAGAGUCAUGGAGGAAGAAGCUGAUAGCGCAGCCCACCCAGACGAAGCAAUCCAGGCCGCCAUUAGCAAAACUCCUGCUAAUGACUACCUCGCACCCCCUGCUACGAGCGAGAUGCAAACCACCACCCCAAGUCCCCGACGCUCAAAGUCUCCCGCAAAAUCUCCAGCAAGUGUUUCGCGAAAUGCCACCAACCCCAAGAUCCCAACGCCUCAACGAAGCACUCGAAAUUCUAGGACGCCCUCACCUGUGAAGUCGACAACAACACCACAGUCAGCCAAAGUCAGGACUCCAGCAUCCGCCAAACCAGCUACACCUCAGCUCGACUCAGUUGUAUCAGAACGGAUGACUACUCCUCGUUCUGCACAACGGCCCCUUUCUGCUUCUCCAAAACGACCAUCAUCCGCUAGAACUACCAGAGUCAGUUCCAGGACUCCGUCGCCUGUCAAGUCCACUCCCAAGCAAGGGCUCUUCCAGAACAGUUUCAGAAAUGGCAGUCGGACACCGACAGUCACGUUGACACCUCAACGAUCACUUUCGGGACUUGGUGCAGAUCGACCUGGACUUGGGUCACCGCAGGUCACUGCACUCUUUGACCGCCGAGGCUCCAUUGGCGACGUGGCUACUAACUUCGUGCCCGGAAAACGUGGUGUCAUGUUCGAGGAUCCCAAAGAGAUGACAGAAGAGAUGGACCGUGAAGCUUGGGAAGAAGAGGAGAAAGAGAAUCGUAGAAAGAUUCUCGAACGGGAAGCUGACGGUGCCGAAGCUACGCUUAACCUGCGCGAGAUGAUCGACAGCCUGAGCCCCAAACGCAAGCCGCUCAAAGGGCGCAAGAGUCUUCACGUUGGGAGUGCGAAGGGCCUUUUGGGGAAGAGACCGAACGAGCUUGAUGAUGAGGAAGAGGCCGAAGAGAGUGAUGGCGUGAAGAGACUCAAGGGUCAUCAAGGAAGCCCAGUGAAGAAUAUCAGACUCCAACAGCCGCCUUCUAAAGAAGAGACGACGGGGAGACUGAACCUUUCAUUCCGCAAAAGCUUGGGGCCUAACACGGCCACACCGACAUUAUCUUCACCAGCGAAGCCUGACGCAGCAACCACACCAAGGCACCAGGGAAGAUUCAAGGAUGUCGCAGAUGAUCGAGCUGGCCAUCAAGUCAAUUUCGAUGAAUCGCCUGUUAAAGACGCCGAACAACUGGAAGAUGAAGCAGAGGCAGAGGACGAGGCAGACGGAGAAAGAGUCCAUCUCCAGGACUUCUUGAACAUGACUUCUAUCCGCUUCAUGGAACUGACAACCACCAAGCGCCGUCACACGCAAGCCCCUGGAACCCUCGAGAAUGGAUUCCUUGACGAGGGCAAGGAGGACCUCUCACUUGAGCGCUGUGUUGUUGCAGGAGCCUGCACUGUCCCAAUGCUCGAGCUAUACCAGCACUCCUGUCGUGAAUUAAAAAAGUAUAUCUCCGAGGGUCGUAGGAUUGUCAAGGAGAUCGAGACCGAUACCUUUGAGGACAACCCUCCGCUGUUCAAGGAAUAUAUGGCAGCCGCACCUGACGUCAAGACCUUGAUGGACAAGCAAUUUAUGAACGUCAAGAAUCACGCCCGCCUUCUGAGUAAGGCUAUGUGGUACGAGUGGCGAAUGAAGUUACAAGAGGGUUUGAGACAAGGCCUCCUAGGCAUCGACGAAGGCAUGGAAGCCGAUAAGGAACUUUUGGAUAAGCAAAAAAGUCUUCUUGAUUCUGUCCUACCUGAUAUCGUGGCUCGUUACAAGUCGCUCGUGGAGGAGAGCAACAAUCUUGAGGAAGUCGCCCGAGAGCUUGCCGACUGUGAUCCUGCUGAUCUCGAAGCUGCUCGUGAUGAGCUUGCCUCUCUCGAUGAAGAUGUUGAGUACAAGAGAAAACGCAUCGCAGAGCUGAGAGAGCAGUUUCAAGCCUCAGAAGUUGAGGUUGAGGAUUUGAUCACCCAGAAACAGAACUGCAUUGAUGAUAUUGCAGAGUCUGAGAAAAUUCGAGAGGAGUGUCGUGGCUGGACGAGCACAGAGGUUAACAGCCUCAAAGCUCGAGUUGAUGCUAUCGAGAAACAACAUGGCUGGUCGGUGACUGGUAUUUCUGGCACUGUUCUAUCUAUGGCAUACAAACGUGAAAUCGAGAUUGUUUUUGAUAUCACGGCAUUCCAAGAGCACCAACCCAACACAACAAUAGAUCUCUGGUACAUCGCUGUGGAUCGAGAAGAAAACCCACGACCAAAGACUACGGAAAAGGAGUUUUUCUUACAAACUAUUCGCGAUUACGCUCGUGCACUCCCACAUAAUCGCACCGAGGUUUCUCACCUCCUCAACAGUGUGCAGGUUGCUUGGGACAAGGCGAACUUUGUGUCGUCACAAAUCGAGCGACUCAAUGCCACCUUUCCUACUACAGUACAAAGGACUUCCGACUCAAGUAUAGCAAUCACAACAUCUUUGUUGCUUGUGCCGUUGGAGAGUCGUGUGGAAGUCAAGUUGGAGCUCCACAGUCAAACAAGUGGAGAUGGCCUUAAUAUGGCUCUCAAGCCUGAGGCUAAAGUAAUGUACGGCGAGCACUUCAAUGUUCCCAAGGUCGCUGACUUCCUUGCGACAAGGAUAGGCAAGGCUGUUGGGGCUGGUGAGGAGCAGUGGAGUGAUGUGAUGGUGGAAUUGCAUGGGCGAUUGAUUGCAAGAGGCCGUAAGGGCUAG